AUUCUACAUCAGCUGUCUACGAGGCUACGUCCCCAACUCUCCUCGACCGAUAGCCCACUGUUGACACGCAGUCGACCAGUCGCUCCUCGCGCGGGAAGCCAGCUCUCCUCAUGCCCCGGGCCGCGCCCCGCGUGGUUAACAACCGUGAUGAAGAUGAUGACGACGAGGUAGAAUCAAGCGCGUCCGAGAGCGAGGCGGAGGAGGAGGACCUCGCGGCCGAGGAUGAGGCCGAGGAUGUCGGCCACGAUGCCGACGAGGAGGAGGGCGAGGAGCAGGAGGAGCAGGAGCGCGAGGAGCCGCGGGGAGGGCGAGCCGGCGGCGCUGACGGGCCGGCGUCAGCCAGUGGCCGCGGCGGUGUCAAGCAGGGCGGGGGCCGGUUGAAGCUGUCGCUGGCGGCGGGGAAUGACGUGUGCAAGGUGUGCGGCAAGCGUGGCCACAGGGCUGGGUUCGUGGGGGCGACCUACCUGGACUGCCCCAACAAGCCUUGCUACCUGUGCAAGCGGCCAGGCCACACCACAGCAACCUGCCCCUACCGCAUCGCGCCGGGGCAAGGCGGCGCCGCCGCCGGCGCGGCAGCGGGCGGGCUGGGCGGCGCUGGUGGCGGCAGGGGCGGCAGGGCCGGCGGCAGCGGCGGCGGCGGACUGGCGCGGGCGCUCAUGCGGCGGGAGUGCCAGGGCGGCCGCCACGCGCUGGCUCCGCGGCGCCCCCACGUGCCUCAGUACCAGGUGGAGGCGGCCAUACUCAAGAUACACACACGCAGCUCCGUGUGUAGCCUGCAGCUGCACCGCCGCGGCAACAAAGUGGUCAGCGUACACGUACACCCGCUGCAGCCCGCGCUCAUACUCACAGCCGGCAACGACCACUCCGCGCGCAUAUUCGACAUCCGGGAGCUGUCCUCCGCACCUUCAGCCGCCGCUGCCGCCGCCGGCGGCGGUAGCGGCGCAACCGCCGCGAAUGGCGGCGGCGGCGCGGCGGCGGCGGCUGCCGCCGCCGUGGCGGGCGCGCGCCUGGCGACGGCGGGCAGCGCCGCCGCCGGCGGCGGGUUGGGCAGCCCUGCCGCGCAAGGGAGAGGGUCGCUAUCGCCGUCACCGUCGCCGGCGGGGGCAUCGCAGGCGGCGGAGGGGAAGGGCAAGGGCGGCGGAAAGCGGGGUGGCGCGACGGCGGCGGCGGCCGCGGCGGCGGCGGCUGCCAAUGCGGUGGCUGCGCGCGCUGAGCUGGCGGUGAUUGCGCACCCGCGUGUGGUGAACGCGGCAUACUUCAGCCCGCACACCGGCCGCCGCAUCCUGACCACCUGCCAGGACAACCGCCUGCGAGUGUACGACAACGUGCCGUACGGCUGCGGCGGCGGCGCGCCGCCGGACGUGGAGAUCGUACACAGCCACGACUUCAACCGCUACCUGACACCCUUCAAGGCGGAGUGGGACGCCAAGGACCCCACAGAGUCCGUGUUCGUGGUGGGCAGGUACAUCAGCGAGGACUUUGGCGGCGUGGCGCUGCACCCCGUGGACGUGAUGAGCGCAGCCGACGGCGGACUGCUGCGGCAGCUGACCGACACCAACCUCACCACCAUCUCGCCAGUCAACAAGCCGCACCCGCGCAGGGACGUUAUCAUCUCGGGGAGCAGUCGCUCGCUGUACUGCUGGGCGCCCGUGCCCCCAGACGACCAGCAGGAGGAGGAGGGGGAGGCGGAGGGGGCCGGCCGCCAGGGGGCGCAGGCGCCGGGCCUGGCGGGCCGCGGCGGCGGCAGUGGCAGCAGGAGCGGUGGGGCGGGCGGCGCGGGCCUGUCAACUGGCGCGUACGGCGGUGGGGGUGCGGGAGGGGGCGCGAGGGCGUCGCGGACGUUCGUCAGCUUUGACGCGGACCCGGGCGGCAAGGCAGGCGCGGGCGCGGGCGGGAAGAAGCGCAAGAAGGGCGGCGGCAAGGAGGCGGCGCCCGACUUUGACGACGAUGACUGAGCGGCGAUGAGGGCCCGGCGAGGAACGGAGGGGGCAGGGUGCGCGGGGGUGUGGCAGUGCGUGGACCAACGUGGUCGUGAGUGAAGUGAGGGGUUUGCACUGCAGGAUCUGCCUGUAUGUGUGUGCGCGUGUUGGCUGACAUGUAACAAACUGAAAGGAUGGCUGAUGACUGACGCAGGAUGUGCAGGCCGCGAGGAGCGUCUGGAUGGACGGAAUGUGUGGGUAUGGUAUGGGUGACCAAAUGGUCGCAGGAUGGCGGCGGCGGCUGGGCAAGGCGCGGGCAGUUGCGGGGCCGGACGAUUGACGCAGAGCUGACACGUGCAAUGGCCACCGGGUGAGGUGCAUGUAGAGGGGUUUGGGACUGCGGACUGCUAAAGUGCUAAACCUACGUGGCAUUGAAACGUUACGCGCAAGUUGAGGAGGGCGCGUGCCGCCGAAGACGCUUGGGGUCUUCCUACGUGUUUUUGGGCUGAGCCCCCCAGGAUUGCCCCUGACUUCCAGGAGUCGGGACUAAAUGUCGGUGGCAACCGACAGCUAAUCGCCGAGUUGGACACCCCGAACCCC